CGAUUCUAUUCGCAACCUGGAACUACCCUAGGUAUCCAACAUCUACAUUGUACAGAGCUAUCGCCAACCCCCACCGUGUAUGGGAACACUUUAAAAGGAAAAAGACUGCGUAUAGGUUCAGUGACACGCGAUUUCAGUGUCUGAAUUUCUAUACCAACUGAAAAACCCUCGAAAUACCCCGAGUAAGGACCUUGCGAAAUCCGAAUGUCCCCGCAACAUCAAACCCGAGUCAUUCGCCAUCAUCAUCGUCGUUAGUAUUGACGACACCACAAUCCCAAAAUGGUGGUCCGGACUACUUCCCUCAACUCGCUCAAGAACUUCCUUCCUAAAAUUCACCAAACUCUACUGACCCGCCGUGAAUCCCAACAAUUACUUGACUCCAUCACCAGUUCCUUCCGGAAGAACCUCGACAAGGAGCACCCGUGGGAGCAUAAUGAAGACUUGACCUCACAGAAACCCAUCACACAGGCCACCAAAACUAUCCUCUCUGCGCCCAGCCAUUCCGCCUCGUUACCUGAUAGAUCGAGCCGACAACUUCCGACCGAUCGUCAUCUCGGCGCCAUCCUCUCUAACCCCCUUUUCGCCCAUGAAGAGAAUAAGAAACCGGCUACAGUCCCCAGGGACCCAUUCGAUGUAUUUGAUUAUGCCGUGUCGAGGGGACUCAUGACCCCCCGCCGCGCUGCCGGCUUCCUCGCUAAAGUGCGAUCCCAAAUCACCGGCGAAUCUGCGGACGAUAUUCGACAGGGCAUGGCGAAAUCUGGUGCUGGGCUUCGGGUAGUCCAGUGGCUUCGUGCCUCGGGCUUAGAAAAUGAUUUGCAGUUUCUCUCCCAUCCAAGUCUUUUCGCCGCCUUGAUACCGUUCAUGUAUGCCGAAGGACUAGAAGAGGUGGUAUGGUAUUGGGUAGCGCAUCUUGGUGCACGCGAAGAGACGGACGGGAAGGCUAGGUCUUGGCAGGACGGUGCUCUGUCUGCCUUGUUAAACGCUAUCGUGAAGCAGACGAACACUUCAUAUUCCGGGCUCAAGAUGAACCUUGAUCGCUCAUACGAGGCGAUCGUUCGCGCAAAUGACCUGCUGCCAAUGCAAAACCAAAUAGCUCUCAAGAGCUUCAAGAAAGCCUGGGUUGGUCUAUCGUGGGCCUCUACAGUCUUCGCCUCCGAACGGCCAAAACCGUCCGCUCCUCUUUUCGAGUCCUUCAUCAAUAUAGGACGCCCUCUUCAUGUGCAGCUAGAUAUGGCCCACCUCGACCUCCACCACCCCCUAACGCCAAACCAUUCUGCUGCUAUUCAGUUCAUGCAUAAUAAUGCUCACCCCGCCGAUCUGCGCCCAACCACCCGGAGACGACUCGUCAGCUUGGCCUUAGAUGCGGCUGAUCGGCUGAAGGAGGUUGGAGACGUCGAGCAGGCCUCCUGGGUUGAGCGCUUCUUAUCGAGGAUAGGCAACGAUCUCACACUGGGUAUUCUUAACCCAGAGCGUGACUUGAUAGCAUCAGAAUUACCGAUACAUCGUAUGUGGUGAUUCUUGUAAUCGAUCAUAUGAAAAGGGGGUAGGUGUUUUUGUACUGGGUCGGCGUUUAAGGGGUUUGAGAUAUACCUACAGAUUAUGAGCGGUAAAGGAGCUUUUUACUCUGCUAUCAUGAAUAUACAGUCACGUACAUACUCAUAGUUAGAGAGCUGCCUUGACGGACGUUAUUGUGUAUAUUUGGCAUUGAGCCUUGAUUUCACCAGCGAAUCUAGGUUACUAGGCAUGAACAGAUAGUUCUCAAAAACCAGUA